GUAUACACAACAAUAAUUUGAAACACAAGUAUUUUCAAUAAAGCAGUAAACGUAAAUGUAACACUGAAUAAAUAUGAACUAGGAGAGGUGAACCGACUGAGUAAACGGGCAUACAGCAAGUGAGUCGUUAACUACAACACGUUGAUGGAAAACGAUUCGCGUUAUGUUCAAGUAUAAUAAUAUGUAACGAGUAAUCAAUGACAAUUUGAAAUAGUUUUGAAUGUCCGAUGAGAUACGGUGGUUAAUUAAGUACUUGAGAAUAUGAAUACCGCGAUUGUUCAACGUUAAAAUUACGAGUAUUUAUUUGCACAAUUAAAUGUUUCUGGCAAUUUACUGAUACUCACACCUUAAGAUAAGCAUAUUAUAAGCAUCCAAAAGUGAUAUGAUGUAAUGUAAGAAACAUGAUUCAGUUGCUUUUGAUACAUAACUGUGUGUACAGCUAGAAAUAAUUUCUUGGACCAAAAAUGGCAAAAUCGAGAGAAACGUUGAACCAAGUUCUAUCACUCAUGACAGUGGCUUUUAACGAGCUUUCGCUUGGUAUGGCGAUAGGUUGGUUAGCUCCAACUUUAAUCGUAUUGAAUGACCCAAAAGGCGAAUUCAAGGCAACACUAGAUGAAACUUCAUGGCUGGCGUGUUUAGAGUUUGUGGGUGAAAUUCCAGGAGCAAUUUUUACCGCAUUUGUACUCGACGUCUUCGGUAGAAAGAUCUUACUCGGAUCGGCCGCAUUUGCAUUUUUCUUGAUGUGGGUGAUCAAUGGAUUCACCAACUCUAUGUUUGUGCUUUGCGUAACUAGAUUUUUUUUCGGAGUCUUUGCCGGCCUCAACGAUGGUACAAACUCUACCUAUCUAGCUGAGAACAGCUCACCGAAAAUUCGAGGUGUGUUUGGAUCCGUGUGCAUCACUCUCUAUUACGUCGGUCUACUGAUCGAGUAUGCAAUCGCUGCCUACUUCUCGUAUACAGUUACUGCGAUGGUGAACGCAGGUAUCACCUUCGUAGCUUUCUUGUCGGUGAUAUGGAUCAAGGAACCGGUACAAUAUUUGCUAAUGAAAGGAAAGCACGAACAAGCGAAGAAAAACUUCAUCUGGCUACGCGGUGGUAACGUCAAUAACGAUGAGAUCGAAUACGAAUUCGAACGAAUCAAAGAGAACGUCCAAUCGGAAAAUUUGAAGAAAUCGUCGUUCAAAAAAACCAUCACCUCGCCAGCCAAUUACCGAAGUUUAUUCAUCGUCGUCACUCUUUACGCAUUGGCCGGUAGUACCGGAUAUUUUCCAGUUAUGUCCUACGCUUCGAUGGCCUUUUCAGCAUCGGAUAUCCUGACACCUAAUCAGUUCACCAUUUUGUUCGGAGUGGCUCAAUUCAUCGUCGUCGUCUCCUCUUCUUUCUUCGUUGAACGUUUCAGUCGUCGAAGAAUCAUUUUGUUUUCUUUUGCAUUGAUCGCCGUAUGCCAUGCUGCAACCGCUGUUCUCUACUACGUCAACUCCAAUGUCUCGCAGAUCCCGUACUUUCCAUGGUUGAUUUUUGCAUCUAUUACACUUUAUGCAGCAGUGUACGCUGCUUUGUAUCCGGUUCUUUUUGUCAUACGAGGUGAAUUAUUCCCAUUGAGUGUUAAAGCCAAAGGAGGUUGUAUUUCAAUGGUUACUUGGGCAGGAACUACUACUGUAACUACUAAAAUUUUCCCUUAUAUUAGCGAAGGUUUCGGUAUAGAAGGUAAUUUCCUGUUAUUUUUAAUCUUUACCGUGAUUACGAUGGUGUUUGUGUACUUCUUUUUACCCGAAACAAAAAACAAAUCACUGAUCCAGAUUCAAGAAAUGCUUGAAAAAACUAAGUGAACUGCACGUCGCUUGAUGAAUUUUCCGAACAAUAAAACAUUCAAAAAACAAA